CGCAGGCGAUCAUCUUGACUUGUGAUCGAGGGAGACGCGGACUGCAGCAGCCUCGAUCCCUUUCACAGAGAUUUGUGCCUCGGUGCUUCUGCACGUCUUGGAUUCGGGGACUGGGGCCCUGCUGGUUUUUCUCAACCUCCGUUUCAUUUAUUCGAGAAAAUGCAGAACACAAACAGCAGAUGAACUAUGAAUGCUGAACACGAUGAUCUUCUCCCUCCAGCGCCAGACAAUGCGAGGUCGUAGGCUGAAGGGGGCGCUGUCCAACCCCCUCUUUGUGCUGCUCCUGGCCCUUCAGAUCCUGGUGGUGGCCGGGCUCGUCCGCGCUCAGACGUGUCCCUCCGUCUGCUCCUGUAGUAACCAGUUCAGCAAAGUCAUAUGCACCCGCCGCAGCCUGCGAGACGUCCCCGAUGGCAUUUCCACCAACACGCGCUACCUGAACCUGCAGGACAACCUCAUCCAGGUCAUUAAGGUGGACAGUUUUAAACACCUGCGCCAUCUGGAGAUCCUGCAGCUGAGCAAGAACCACAUACGCAGCAUUGAAAUCGGCGCCUUCAAUGGACUGGCCAGUCUCAACACGCUGGAGCUCUUUGACAACCGACUCACCACCAUCCCCAAUGGAGCGUUCGAGUACCUGUCCAAAUUAAAGGAACUGUGGCUGCGCAACAACCCCAUUGAAAGUAUACCGUCCUAUGCCUUCAACAGGGUUCCCUCGCUGCGGAGGCUGGAUCUGGGCGAGCUCAAACGCCUCUCCUACAUUUCUGACGGCGCCUUCAAGGACUUGAGCAACCUUCGCUACCUAAACCUGGGAAUGUGCAACCUCAAGGAGAUCCCCAACAUCCUACCGCUGGUCAGGCUGGAGGAGCUGGAAAUGUCAGGAAACCAACUCACUGUUAUCAAGCCCAGCGCAUUCGCAGGACUCGUGAACCUUCAGAAACUGUGGAUGAUGCACGCCCAGAUCCAAACCAUCGAGAGGAACUCCUUCGACGACCUUCAGUCGCUGGUGGAGCUCAACCUGGCUCACAACAACCUCACCUUCCUGCCGCACGACCUCUUCACGCCGCUGCACCGCCUGGAGAGGGUGCACCUCCAUCACAACCCCUGGAACUGCAACUGUGACAUCCUGUGGCUCAGCUGGUGGCUGAAGGAGACCGUGCCCGCCAACACCAGCUGCUGCGCCCGCUGCCACGCUCCCGCCGCCUUCAAAGGCCGCUACAUCGGGGAACUGGACCACAGCUACUUCCAGUGCGACGUUCCCGUCAUCGUAGAGCCGCCCGCGGACCUCAAUGUGACGGAGGGCAUGGGCGCCGAGCUCAAAUGCCGCACCAGCUCGCUGACGUCCAUCAGCUGGCUCACGCCCAACGGCUCGCUGGUGACGCACGGCGCGUACAAGGUGCGUCUGUCCGUCCUCAACGACGGCACUCUGAACUUCACCACCGUCACCAUGCAGGACACCGGGACCUACACCUGCAUGGUCAGCAACACGGCGGGCAACAUUUCUGCCUCCGCGGUGCUCAACGUCACCUCUGUGGAGAACAGCGGCGUGACCUACUUCACCACGGUCACCGUGGAGACCAUCGAGCCCACCGGCUACGACGGCCAGACGCCACUUCCUCCGUUUGGCUGGGUGUCGUCCUCCACCACUAAAGAGCCUCCUGUCUCCACGCGGACCACAGAGCGGACUUACACCAUCCCGGUCCUGGACCCGGACGGCGAGGGCGCCUUCAACGGCCUGGACGAGGUGAUGAAAACCACCAAGAUCAUCAUUGGCUGCUUUGUGGCCAUCACGCUCAUGGCUGCCGUCCUGCUGGUUAUCUUCUAUAAAAUGAGGAAGCAGCACAACCAGCAGGAUCCCGACGGGCCUGCCUCCUCCAUGGAGGUCAUCACCGUUGAAGAAGAGCUCGCGGGUGUUGCUGCCAUGAAGAGACACCUAUCGCUGCCCCCUCUUGAGCACUACAACCACUACAACACCUACAAGAGCACUUACCACCACCCCCCCAUGCUCAGCACCAUACACAGCUCAGCCACACAGGAACCUUUAUUGAUUCAAGCCUGCUCAAAAGACAAUGUACAAGAGACCCAAAUCUGAUCCAUUAUCAGCCCGUCCAUUGUGUGUUCAGAGCACGAUGGAGCAGAACACGAAGACAAAAGAAUCAAGGUGACAUUGACUUCACAGCGGUUGACGUCGAUAGUGAUGAUUAUUCAGCAUUUGGCGAAGGGACAACAUGUGAUACUUUAACAAGUGUCUUUACAAAAACGAAAGAUUAUUUAUUAAAAGUAUGUCUAGUGGCUAAAUGAAGAAAAAUAAUUUGUGAUAGCUUUUUAGCUGAUUUUAUUUCUCUCUAUCUGUGUAGUACUGCUCAAAGGUGAGGAAAGGUUCACUGGGCGCCCACGUCGGGAUGCGUCUGAGCUCACACGCACUCAUAUGUUUGGUAGGCGGACGCUGCCUUAGUGCUCAUGAGCCUCACCUUGGCCGCGCCGGCUCAGACUGAGCUCGCAUCAUAUUCAGGCCGUCACUCAAGGCAAAAUGGGAUCCUUUAAUGACCCGGCUCUGGAUGAUAUCACAGUGAAGCCAGCGUGCCUGAGGAGCCGAGCAGUCAAAUGAGUAGAUGUGCAUUUUCCCUGUGGCUCCUUAACAACAACCAACCAUCCUUCACUUUAAUUAAGACCAAGUUCUCCUCCUGCUCCUCCUCCUCUGAGCGCCUCUCUCACUUCUCUCUCGCUGCCGUUCCUUCUGCCUGUUUGAUCGCCCCGUGUCUCGGAGCUCAGGCACGUUCCUCGCCCCGCGCCGCCUGUCAUUUGUCUUGGUUUUUCCCUCGGAGCGUGUGGAAUAUUGCUGAGGAAAAUGAAGGGGAGCAUAAGGCUGCGGUCUGUGGCCCCUCUGUUCACCCAGCAAUGAUCUACGUCCACUCAGUGUGGCGUUGCCUCGCCACCGUCCCAGGGUCACGGGAGCCGGGCUGAUCGUCCAUCUGUUAGCGCUGAUAAAGAGGCAAAUGAGGCUGCUUUGUAAUGUAGUGUGACCCUGUCAGACUAACGCAGACAGGGCUAACGGAGUCAGCGGAGCACCAGAACCUGCAACAACAUAAGAGCAGACGUGUUAUAGCUCAUUAAUCUGUAUCAGCAGUUCAUUUGCAGACUAACAGAGGGAAGCUGAUAACACAGCAGCGUGAGGCUUUUCCACUCUCCGGUGCCCAACAUCUAACAGCGAGUGGAGGCCUUUGAUAUUGAAGCGACCCCUUGCUCAGUCUCAUUUUUGUCAGAGAAAAACACACGCGCUGACUUUGAUGUUGCAUCAUUUAUAGCUCAUCAAAACGUCCCCUCUCCUGUCGUCUGUUUAGACUUUGAUUCUGCAUUUAGUUUCUGGACAACGAGGGCUCGAGGACGGGGGAGGCAGCGAUGGAAAGUGAAGAGCAGUGGGUGGGAGUCAGACCCGCGGUGGUCAUGAGCGGCCUUCAAACACAGAUAUUGCAGAUAUGAAGGGAGAGGAGUGAAAAAGUAGAUAAAGAAUAAGGAGGCAAAACUAGCCAUCAGGCUGUCGCCAUGGAAACAGUGACCUUGUGCAGAAAGUACGAGGAGGUAGAUAAGCCUUUUGCUUUGGUCUCUGUGCAACAAGCGUAUUUUAAUUUCCCACUGGCAAUUUCACAAAUGUGACUGAUUAUCAAUGAAGCCAGCGUAAUGGAAUGUAUAUUUACGGACGGGUUUUGACCCGAUGGCGGCGUCGCGUCGCAGGAAAACACACACUUUUAGCUAUUGCGAUGAAAUUAAUUAGGGAUGAUUUCAGAAGAAUGAAGAGUCUCGGCGUGCAGCGAGCUCAUAGUUCACUCACAUCAGUCAGACGCGCACGUGGAGGCCAGAGUCCAGUCAUCGUCCACCAGAGCAGUGACGUCGGCCAGUGAACCCUUCUCUCCCUUCCUUCUGUUUCCUUUAACGCUCAGUUCCUUUUCCAUGCUUUGGUGGCUUAAUGAUUCAAUGUUGACGCUGGCUACAGUGAAAAAACGGUUGAGAUUUUUUAUAUCCGUACAUUUUAGGGACGAGGGUUGUAAGUAAUUUGGAACGAGUGGGGCUCCACUGGAGCAGGACGGCUUCACAGGCAGAGCUUUGGAGCCUGACUGAGGCGCAGAGCGUUGGACUCACCAGCAGAGCUGCUGGACUUCUGUCCGACCACGUGCCAAGGUGAUCAGAUUCUGCCAGCGGUCGACGUGAAGGGAGGGUUAAUGUACAUGGGAAUAUUCUCUCUCAUUUUUGAGGGAAUAAUCAGCAAAUGGGUAAAUUUCUACAAAAAAAAUAUUUUCAAAAACACAAUGCAAAAAAAUCUUCAGAUCAUAAUUUUACAUGUGCUUCAAUUGUUAAAAAAAAGAUAUAAAAGCAAAACAAAAACAAGAAAAAAACACAAGACUGUGCUUGUCAGGAGUCCAACUAAUUUCUCUGAGGAUGAUGUUCAAAUAUUGAUACCUGAGAUUGUAGUUCAUACUGUACAUGAAUACGAAUAAAAAUUGCAAUCCUUUUUUUUCCAA